GUGCCGAGAACACGACUUCUUGGGGACCUUUGAAUCCGAUCGAUCUUGGUGUGGAAGGCGGAUAAAGAGAUACAGUAGAGGCAAGAUGGCGGACUUUCCUAGACAGCGAACGAGCGAGGAAGAGCCUCUGUUGGGCGAGAGAGGAGAUGCGAGCUUGCCGGAGGGGAGGCCGCUAUACCAUAACUUCGUGCUCGGCACUGGAGUUGUCGCUCAAGCUGGAGCAUGGAUUAUCGCCGCGAUAGUAUGGGGAGCAGUCUUCUCCAACGACUUGAUACUAUUCUCAGCACAUCCACUACUCAACUCCGCCGCCUUCCUCUUCCUCAUCCAAGGCGUCCUCGUUCUGCAACCCACCCACACAGCGAAGCAAAAGAAGCAAGGCACCUACGUCCACGCCGCCCUCAACGACGUCGGGAUUCUAGCCGCCAUUGCCGGCCUUAUCGUAAUCGAAUACAACAAAUUCGACCACAACGGCACACACUUUGAAUCCCCACACGCGAUUCUCGGUCUCGUCACCUACAUCGUCAUCAUCCUCCAAGCAUUCGUUGGGAUCACGCAGUACUUCACACCACGUCUCUACGGAAGUGUAGAGAACGCGAAGAGUUUGUACAAGUAUCACAGAGUUGGGGGAUACAUUGCUACGGUUUUGUUGCUGGCGACGAUUUGUGCGAGCACGUAUACCACUUUCAAUGUGAAUGUGCUUGGGAUGCAGCUCUGGGCGGUAGUUGUGGCCAGUGUGCUGGUUCUGGUGGGUGUUUUGCCACGAGUCAGAUUGAAUAAGUUCGGCUGGUUGGCGGGCAGGUCUUGAAGAUGAUGAUCUGCGGGCUGUCCUCCCGAGCACACUUUCAGAGACAGAGUAUGAUAACGAGAUCUUGGUUCGAAUGCAUGGGUUGCAUCGAGUUUGCUUGAAAUCAUUGCGAGGCGUUGGAAACGGCGUUUUGUUGAGACUGGUACGUCGCAUUGAAGGUCUGAUCUAUUGCAACUUCACAAAUCGUGGGCCAAAACGGCAAAAGGUUCAUUAUUACUGUCAUCAUAUCUCAUACUUUAACCAAAAGGGUAUCCCAAUAUGACCAUUCUCCUCAACGCCUUCUGUUCAAUCAUGAUACGCUCGGCGGUGGCCUGGGUGUCGACGUAACGCUUGCAUAUCCCUGCAAAAGCCAUCCAGGAGCAUUACUCGACGCCGUAGAAUUCUGACUCUCGGGCGUUCCACCAUACAUGGCGACAGAAUCCCAGAACUCUUCCGUAGAUGAACGAUUCGCAGUUUCGAUCCAAGGUAAUCUGGUGCCGAGUUUUCGUAUCUCUGUAUAUGGUGUGUAGGAAGCGCCUGGGACGAAAGUGCGUAUGAGUUCGGCAAAGUGCUCUGUGUCGGCUUGAAUUGUCGCUGCUGAGCCAUUGAUCAGCAGGAGCCAUAGUGCUAGGUCCAUCACGGCUUGGCUGUUGGCUGAUGCCAUUAAUGCUCGGUGGAUGAUGUCUUCGGUGAGGAAGGCUCUGAUGUAUCUUUGAGCCGAGAGGAUGGCUUCUGAUAGGUUCACGACUUUGCGUCCAAAGGUCCAUGUGAAGAGAAGAGCGCUAAGUCGCACGCACUCUUGAAACUCAUGAAGCCAGUCCCAGUCGUCUAAUGGGCUUGAUCGUGGUGUGGUCUGCUUCGCCAAGCGUAAUGCAGCUUUGAUACCUAAGCUUGCUUGCUUUCCAGUAUGGACGUG